CAUGCUCACAGAGCUAGGUGCUUCUCUGCCUGAUCUGCGUAGCUCUCUGUCUAUUCCCAGGUUUCACUGCUCAGAUGCACCUCACCAUAGGUGGCCGGGGUGGAUAAGGAGGAAACAUCUCUAAAUCUUAGGUCUUAGAAAUGAAAAAGACAUAGUAGGAGUUGAAGACUUAGCUAUUGUUCAGCAACUGUGCAGGGUCAGAGCACCUGAAGCAUAGGAUCCCAAGUGUCUGUCUCCAUCAGACACUUUGGGGGUGAGUUAUUUUGGAGAACAACUGGCUGCUCUUUUUGUCUUGUUUUAUUCUGAUGCGGGAGGUAGCCAGGAUAGCCUACUAUCCAGAGGGGUUACAUUUUUCUUUCUAGAGAAUGCAUCUGAGCUAGCUUUGCACAGGACACUCUGGGCAGAGUGAAUAAACAGUGAAAAGAGGUCAGCCCAGGGCCAUUCAGUGAGUCUGCCUUAAAUCUCUUUGGGUGAAGGCUGCUGGCUUCUGCUUUGGCAUAGAAGGCUGCUCCAGCUGAAAAAAAGAAGGAGAAAGGAACAAGCAAUGGGAUUGCCUCUGCCUGGGAAUAGGAAACCCUUUAUCCAGCUCUGGAACAGGCUCCGCCACAAGUUACAGGGCAAAAAAUCCUGGGUUCGUCGUCUGGAUGAAAUCCACAUGCUGCAGCAGAAAAGAAUCUGGGAGUCUCCACUUCUCCAGGCUGCCAAGGAGAAUGAUCUCCGGGCCAUCAAGAAAUUGAUCUCUGAUGGUACCUGUGAUGUCUAUCAGAGAGGUGCAGUGGGAGAAACAGCUCUUCAUGUGGCUGCCUUGUAUGAUAAUACAGAAGUUGCCCAGGUUCUGAUGGAGGCAGCUCCAGAUCUCGUUAAUGAGAGGAUGACAUCGGAGCUAUAUGAAGGGCAGACAGCUCUCCAUAUCGCUGCAGUGAAUCAGAACAUUAAUCUGGUGAAGGCUCUGCUCAAGAAGGGGGCCAAUGUCUCUAGCCCACGGGCCACUGGACUCUUCUUCAGGCGUAGUGCCCAGAACCUCAUCUACUUUGGGGAGCAUGUUCUGUCAUUUGCUGCCUGCAUGGGGAGUGAGGAGAUUGUCCGGCUGCUCAUUGAAAAUGGAGCUGACAUCAGAGCACAAGACUCUCUGGGAAACACUGUUCUUCACAUCCUUGUUCUCCAGCCCAACAAGACUUUUGCCUGCCAGAUGUACAACCUGCUUCUCUCCUAUGACAAGAGUGAUGAGGGUCUGGGAACCCUUGACUCAAUCCCAAACAAUGAGGGGCUCACUCCAUUCAAACUGGCUGGAGUAGAAGGCAACACUGUGAUGUUUCAGCACCUCAUGCAGAAGCGAAAGCACACUUUGUGGUCCUUUGGCCCUGUGACCUCUGUUCUCUAUGACCUUACAGAAAUUGACUCCUGGGGUGAAGACCAAUCCUUCCUGGAACUUGUUGUCUCAACCAAGAAGAGAGAGGCCCGUCAGAUUCUAGACCUCACACCUGUGAAGGAGCUAGUGAGCCUGAAGUGGAAUAUGUAUGGACGUCCCUAUUUCUGUUUCCUGGCCUUGUUCUAUGUGUUGUACAUGAUUUGCUUCACCAUGUGCUGUGUCUACAGACCUCUGAAGGCUCGGUCAGAAAACAAAACGAAUGACAGAGACAAUACCAUCUAUGUUCAGAAGAUGCUGCAGGAAUCCUAUGUGAUAUAUGAGGAUGAGCUUAGGCUGGUCGGGGAGCUGAUCACAGUUAUUGGAGCUGUAGUGAUAUUGAUCCUGGAGAUUCCAGAUAUACUUCGAGUUGGAGCCACCAAGUAUUUUGGACAAACCAUCCUUGGAGGACCAUUCCACGUCAUUAUCAUCACCUAUGCCUGUAUGAUCCUGGUGACCAUGGUGAUGCGUCUUACCAGCACCACUGGAGAGGUGGUCCCCAUGUCCUUCGCCCUGGUGCUGGGCUGGUGCAACGUCAUGUACUUCGCACGAGGCUUUCAGAUGCUGGGACCCUUCACCAUCAUGAUUCAGAAGAUGAUAUUUGGAGACCUCAUGCGCUUCUGUUGGCUCAUGGCAGUGGUGAUACUUGGCUUUUCAUCAGCCUUUUAUAUCAUCUUCCAGACAGAGGACCCCGCAGAGCUGGGCCAGUUCUACAGCUAUCCUAUGUCUCUGUUCACUACCUUCGAGCUCUUCCUCACCAUCAUUGAUGGGCCUGCCAACUACAGCGUGGACCUGCCCUUCAUGUACAGUGUGGUGUACUUUGCCUUUGCUGUCAUCGCCACCCUGCUCAUGCUCAACCUCCUCAUUGCCAUGAUGGGUGACACCCACUGGCGCGUGGCCCAUGAGCGGGACGAGCUUUGGAGAGCGCAGGUUGUUGCCACUACUGUCAUGCUGGAACGGAAACUCCCACGAUGCCUUUGGCCUCGUUCUGGGAUUUGUGGACAGGAGUAUGGACUGGGGGACCGGUGGUACCUCAGGGUAGAAGACAGGGUUGAUCCCAACAAGCACAAGAUGCAUCGUUACACUGAAGCAUUUAAGACCCAGGAUAAGGAAGACUUUGACAAAUGCUCCGAGAAGCUGGAUGAGGAGAACCCCUGUAAGAAAGACCUAGCACCAGUUGCUCCUUCAGUGUCCCGGAGCAUAUCCCAGAGCAGUUCCCACCGUGGCUGGGAGAUCUUGAGGCGUACCACCUUCAGACAACUUCAAGGAGAAGUCAACUAUGCCAUGGAAGAGGAAGAGGUCUACCAUGUCUGAAACACAUCCCCCUGACUCCACAACAUGGAUACCUGGUGCUGAAGUAAUUACCUUCUCCAGGUGCCAGUGGAAACUCCGGUAUAGCCACCGUGCUCCACAGCUGUUAAGAGCUCUCCGAGAACAGGAAUGCUCCUUGCUGUAGGAUGGACACCACUGCCCUGUCUCCUCUUCCAUGUGUCCUUGCUGCUGUGUUGGCUAGGAGCUUAGUCAAGGGGUUUGGUGUUUGUUCAGCUCUCUAACUCUCUACAGAAACAGAAAAAUAUGCCAGCACUACAAACUGAUCCUUUCUCGCUCUGUGGUAAUGGUAUUUUCCUUUUCUCGGUCCCACAAAGACCACAGUGCUUUCUGAACUGAGGAGAGCUGACUUGGGAGAUUUUUUUUGGUACAGAACUGAAAACAAAAUUUAAACUCAGGAAACUAGUAGCUGCUGACAAUGCGGUGAUUAAAGGGACUAUCGCCAUACAGCUGGCAUUCUAGAGGCUGGCAGAUGUUCCUCCUUCAAAAAAAGACGAACUCUGUUAGCAGCAUUUUCCACACUGCUUCUCUAACAGGAACAGACUGUUUUUCCUGCCAUUCGAAUGCACUUUAAUUUUGUUUGCUACAGAAAUAUGAUUGUUGGUUUUAUCCCAGUUACAUAUUACUUAAGGAUAAGUCACACAUAUCUUUACUCUGGGAAAUUUUCUGUGUUUUAAGAGGGUGUGAGGAUUGGUGAGAUGACUCCCUAUGAAGAUCCCAAAUGAACUGAUCCUGAGCCAUGUUUCCUAUGGAAAAGUAGAAGUCUCUGGCUCAGUCUGAUAUCUGCCUACCAUCUCUUACCUUUGCUGUGUUGAGACUACAAGCUGUUUAGUCCCUGUCUUCAUGGACAUCAGUGCUGCAGCUGUGGGCCUGCUGUGGUGAAGCAUGCCAAUUCCAGAUCACCCUGUGCUAUGUCAGGGGAGGAGGAGUAGAAAGGGGCUAUAUAGCUGCUGACAAGCAAAAGGGGAACAAAUGCUGGGGGAGACACAGUGGGAAGUAUUGCAAGCCAACUUGGAAACAAGUCUUGUCUCGUAACAAUGUACAAUGAAGCCUGCUCCACAAUGACUGUUUAUUUCACCUAUUUCUUUAGUCCUCUACCAAGGUCUUUCAGAAAAAUGAUUACAGGGAAGAAAUUAGGUGCCUUUUUGGAGGGCCUCAUGCCCUCUGCGACUUAGAGUGUCAUCACAAUAGCAGAACUAAGUGGAAUGCAACUUGUAGCCUGACAUUUCCGCUGUGAGAGUUUCUGUGUCUAAAGGGGACCCAAAAAUGACUUGCUUACAUUAUACCCUACCAUUGAAACAGGCCAUCCUUUACCACGUCUUGGUAUCCAGAACCAAAAAGUGAAGGACCAGAAACUAGUGGCUUUCUUAUUAAUGGUGUUGUUACCACACUUCACAGCAACUAUGCUCUGCCUGGGACUACUGAAGACUUUAGUGCCGUAUCCAGAUGCCUGACCUUUGAAAUUAUGUGCAUUUUUUUAAAUGUACUAUUUCCCCCUUACUCAACUAUAUGCUUGAGCCCUAAAGAGGGGAUUUCCCCCCUUGGUUUAAGAUGAAUACUUAUAUUAGAUACACUGUGAUGAAUUGAAGUAGUAUGGGUUGGUCUUUUCAUCUCUAUACACCCAGCCCCUCCUGUUUAACCACAGGAAUUUGCACUUUUGCACUAAAUGUUAAUUGAAAUGGGAAAUAUGUGAUUUUGCACAUUUACCAAAACUGUGAAUUGCUGCUGUAAUUAUAAUGUAAUGUCCUUAAUCAAUGGAGGAGAGAAGAAAAAGGGGUUGGUGAAGUUUUCCUUCAUCUUUCCAAAUCUAUUCAUGCUCUUUAACCAGUUGAAAACCUGACUGAGAUACAAUUAAGAUGGAAGACCAUGAGGUAAUUUUCAACUAGUGAUUCAGUGUUGUGAUUCGCUCAAUUUGCAAAUCAAAAAUUGGUUGUUCUAAGUGUCAGCAAAACAUGCACCAGGGUUGAAAAUUCAGCAGGGCAUUUUCUGUCUCUGGUGUCAUCAUAAUCACACUUUAAACUUUUAGUGCCGUAUCUCUCUUCAGUUAGGCUGUACAAUUUCAUUAAAUGCACUGCAAGUAUGCAGGAGUAAAUGAGAGCAGUGUUCCCUGUUAGCUGAGUGUUCGAGUGGUCACCCAGAAGAGAUUCAAAUGUUGCCUAGUGAAUUAGCAGAGCUGGCAGCAUGUGUUUCUGCUGGAGGUGCACAUCCAACAAGUCUCAGUGCAAUAACAAAAUUUAUUUCACACAUGGAUGGGAAAAAUUAGAGGGAACAUUGAAUGAGAGUUAGUGCCAGUUGGUCGUGUGUGUUCAUACAGACUCACUAGCAAAAACAGGUGUCCAUGGGACAAGACAAGUAGGUUUAAAAUCUUUGAAUUCUUAUUUCUGUUAUAUCCUGUUACAUUCUGUGCAUAAAAUAGAGGUUAAAAUGUAGAUCAGUGUGACUGGCUCUGCUGUUUUUUACAAUGACAUUAGCUGGAGCUACUUGCCGCAUCAUAUCAUCCAAUUCAGAAUCUCCUUCGUCCUUUAUUGUAUUAGAAACUUGCAAACCAAUACAGGAAAAAUAUAAUAUAGAUGUCUGAGAAGCUUUUGUGAAAUAUAGAAAGGAUACUAUGAAGGCAAAAACAUUAACAAUAUUUCCUUAUGCAUGUUACUAAUGAUAACAACAUACAAAACUUUUGGAAAUUUUAAAAUCUAACUGACUUUUUGCCACUCCUGGGCUGUGUCUAGACUGGCAUGAUU